AGCUGGGGUGAAUGGGCUGUCAAGUGUCCACUGAUGGUAGUCAAUUUGAAAGGUCAGACUAUGAUAAACUGUGGAAGCGCAUGAAUUCCGUGUCGGAGCCCGUGCCGAGCCACGGGAAGAAGCCACCGAAAAAUGUGCUCGCGGAGCACGGCGGGUGGAAGAUUUUGAGAAUUCUACUUGUUUCUACUUACAAGGAUUUCAGGAAUGAAAGACGGGCGGUUUUGGAUUUGGUGGAAAACAAAUUACAGCCAAUUGCAUCGGAGAAGCAUGUGAUUUUACAGGUGGAGGACUUCAGUUGGGGAUCAAAGGCGCAUUUGGAGGAAGCUUCUAGUCUAUACCUGAUAGAAAGACUGUGUCGAGAAGCGGUUUCAAGUUCCUCAUACUUCUAUUUGCACUUCCUCGGAGAAUGUUCCGGAUACAUACUCGAUCCCAACUUUACCGACCAAUCAUUUCUCCGGCAGCACUCAAUUUCCACAGGCCAAUCGUUUUCAGAAGUUUUCCUCCAACUCUCAGGUCUUCAAAACGAAAAAUCUCUCUUCCUCUACCGUAACCCAAGUUUUCACCAGGAGCUUCCCUUUAAUGUGACCCAUUUUAUAGAUGGUCCUGUGAAUCGGGAACGAGCAAAAUACCUGACAACUAUGGUGAGAGGAGAGGCACCUGCGUCGAAAUUCAUUGAGUAUUCUGUACGAACAUCUGGAAUUAACAAUAUUCACUUUAAACAUAUUAUGUUUGACGAAUUAAGUGGAAUCACUAAGCCGAUAGAAGCAAUGGUGGGGAAGUAUUUGGAGAAGCUUCCAGAUGGAGAAGCGGGAAUUCCGAGUGUUGAGGAGUUUAUGAACGAAUAUUAUUCACAGCUUCAUGUUAAUCAGACUAUUAUGUCAAAGAUAGAAUACAACCUGAAAUCUCAUAAAUCCAUAUUGCUCGUCGGUGACUACUGUACCGGAAAAACGUCAAUUCUUCACAGAAUUCAAUGGAAAUACCGAGACGCUGUAAUAGUUCAAGCUAAGGAGAAAAUGAGUGCAAUCGAGCUCCGAAGAGCAAUCGAGGCAAAAACAAAUGUAAUUCUGCAUGAUGUUGAGCAAAAAGUGGUACGGUAUCUGUUGGUAGAUGAUAUUCAUUUGGCUUCAAAAGAAGCUCAGCAGUAUUUGAUUGGAAAUGAAGAGCUGGUUAUAGUUGCCACAAGUCGAAAGAAGAAGCUUGAAGUUGACAUGAAUCGGAUUAUAAUUCCGCAUUUAGAGCCGGAAGACAUUUUGGACGAGCUUUCAUUUUGGCUCAACGGCGGUGAAAAGGAGAAGAGUGGGGUCCCAUCGGUAAAAGCCUCCAAUAUUUUGAAAAUGUCCCAACAAAAGCGUAGGCGGAGCAUUGGCACUGUAGAAGACGGACACCAACCCGACGAAAAUAUCGGCUGGAACAGCUUGAAAUGCCGGGUAAUUGGGACUCUGGGAAGGAUUGGGAGCUCCGACGAGAAGUGUGCUCAGCUGGCUCAGCUGUCAACUUUGAGUGUUGUGGAAGCUGACAUGUGCCUUAUGGAAUCUGACGGAAAAGGACAUCUCCUAAUAGCAACACUUUGCUAUUUGACAAUUGUGGAGUCCGGCCUAAACGAAAUGGAGCUGAGAAGUUUGCUCAUUUUGGAGUAUAACCUGUUGCCAAUAGCAAUACGAAGGAAUUAUAAAAAUUUGCCGUUUGAUUAUUGUCCGGACGAGUUUGGUACCACGAGUUGUACUCAAACUUUGCCACUUCGCUGGUAUUUUGUUUUGCACCGGCUCGGACAUCUUUUCAUGAAAAUUGAUGGGGAUAGCAAUCAUUUUGUACUACCAUCAGCUUGUAGAAGGGUGGUUUUUAAGAAAUACCUAAAGCACCCUCACAACUUGGAGCACUUCAAGAAGAAUUUCAAGGAAUUUUUGACAAAUUUUUCUGGAAAAGAAUGGAAUCGCAAUCGACAAAUUAAAAUGUAUCUUUGAAUUAAAAAAGAAAGAAUAUUUUAUUUAAAAAAAUAUGUACAUAAUUA